CGUAUUCGCACUUGCAGUCUUUCAAGAACACCGGGUUUCAAUUCCUCAUCAUCAGCAGCCCUUGGUUUUGGUGGACCGCAUUCUUCUUUCAAGCUUGAUUGCCCACAAUGCCAGCCAAAUUCGAUGGGCUGUUGGACCACGACCGUAUGGAGGAAGUCAGCCUGAAAUCCGCAGCUUGGAAGCCAGUACGGGCUUCAAGGUGGAGUUUUGACCUUGUUCGACCGGAAUUCCUGAAUCUGCGACUUAGCAGUCCAAAAAAACCCAUUCGACGAACAGCAUGGCUAGAUGGUUUAAGAGGAUUCGCGGCAUUCAUGGUUUACAUCCACCACAAUCAAUUGUGGGCUCACGGCCAGAACGGAAAUCUAAUCUACGAGAACGCUUUUGGCUACGAAGGUAGGCACUACACUGCUGCCCUUCCUUUUGUGCGCCACCUUUUUUCAGGUGGCCACUUUGCAGUAGCCAUAUUCUUCGUAAUCUCUGGAUAUGUCCUCUCCGUCAAGUCCAUGGGCCUGAUCCAUAACGGCCAGUUUCAGAACUCGGCGGACAGCGUUGGCUCGGCACUCUUUCGUCGCUGGCUACGGCUCUACAUUCCCGUAAUCGCGGUUACCUUUAUAUGGAUGUCCCAACGACACUGGACCAAAAUCUGGGUUCAGAUUGGCGAACCCAAGAGCACUUAUCGCGAAGAUGUCAAGACUUGGUACUAUACAUUCAAGAACUACAGUUUUGUCUUCCUGACUGGCAACAUGUACGAAUUUCCGCUGCUCUAUCACCCUCAUUCGUGGUCCAUUCCAAUUGAGUUCAAAGGCUCCAUCAUCGUCUAUACCGCGCUCUCUGCUUUCUCUAGGUGCACGAGGAAUGCGCGGCUGUGGUGCGAAGCUGGCUUGGUGUUCUACUUCCUUUACAUCGUCGAUGGCUGGUACGGAGCCCUUUUUAUGUCUGGCAUGCUACUUUGCGAUCUCGAUAUGCUUGCUCUCGACGAUCAACUGCCACGCUUCUUCAAGAUGUUAGAAGGAUUCAAGGAGCUCAUCUUUUUCCAUCUUUUCCUCGUUGCCCUCUAUCUUGGUGGCGUGCCAUCUUAUGAUACACCCGACUAUGAGCACCUUCUGUCCAAGUCACCCGGAUGGAUUUGGCUUUCACACCUCAAGCCACAGGCUGUUUUUGAUGCCAAAUGGUUCUAUCUCUUCUGGGCAGCGUCCCUCGUUGUCGCAUCGAUACCACGCUUGCCAUGGUUGAAGCAAUUUUUCGAAGCACGCUUCUGCCAGUAUCUCGCUCGCAUCUCGUUCGCUCUAUACUUGGUACAUGGGCUAGUGAUAUGGGUACUAGCCGACCGACUCUACGCUGCAGUGGGCUUUGCAAGAGAAGUGCACAAGGAGCACAUCCCCAAGUGGGUUGAUGCGUUCCCCCUUUCCAAGAAAGGGCCGAUGGGAUUUGAAUUGGCGUUUUGGGCUCCACAGCUUGUCAUCCUCGUUGUCACGCUUUAUGCAGCGGAAGUGGUGACGAAGCUUUUUGACGGGCCUAGCGUGAAGUUUUCGAAUUGGGUAUACAAGAAGACUCUAGCGCAGCCGCCGUCGCGAAAAGCAUAGUUGACUCAAAUAGUCGAAAAUCGACACAAG